AUGAGCUGGCGUCAGACCCGCUUCUCCCUUGGCCUUGUUGUGUUUUCUGUGCUGCAAAUCCUGCAAAACGUCGCGCUGCGCAUGGAGCCUACGGAGCGGGGAGCCCUCCGAAGCGGCGGAGGGAAGAGCAUCGGGACGCGCUUCCAGGCAACCCCGGAAAAGCGGGAAGUGGAUCCCGCUGCACCACCGAGCAGGUUCACUGCUGUAUUUUUAGGGGUGUUUUCAGGCUCCUGCAUGAAGAAACAACCCCCCGGUCGCUGCUUUGGGCCAGCACUGGGAAUUCGGUGCCGAGCGAUGCUCCGGGUAUCCGGCCUCUCCGCGGAAGCGGGAGCCAACGGAUCCUCGGAGCACCCCUGGGAGCUGGAUCUGAAGCAUCAGGACAUCUCGGGGCGCUCCCAACCGCUCGGCUUCGGAGGAGCUUUGGGAGGAUGUUCUGCAAUGGGAAUCAGCUCCUGCCUGCACGUAAACCUUGCAUUCGGUCCUUCCCGCUGCCAGCACCUUGCUGAGGCCGGUGGCAUUUCCUGGCACGAGGGUGGAAACCUCCUGCAGGCCACGCUCGUCCUGGAGCCUCUUCCCUUUGCCGACCUGAUGGGAUCUCCUGGGAUGUUCCUCUUUCCGGGCGUCGUAUACACGGAGUCUACAAAUCUUCCUGAUCCCGGCGAAUCCGGCCCGUGCAGGGAGCAGUGGAUGGUGCUCAGCUUCUCUCCUUGUGUCCCCUCCCAGGUGGGGGACCACAAAUUCAGCGCCCACCGGAUCGUGCUGGCGGCCUCCAUCCCCUACUUCCAUGCCAUGUUCACCAACGACAUGAUGGAGUGCAAGCAGGACGAGAUCGUCAUGCAGGGCAUGGAUCCCAGUGCCCUGGAGGCUCUGAUCAACUUUGCCUACAACGGCCACCUGGCCAUCGACCAGCAGAACGUGCAGUCCCUGCUGAUGGGCGCGAGCUUCCUGCAGCUGCAGAACAUCAAGGACGCGUGCUGCGCCUUCCUGCGCGAGAGGCUGCACCCCAAGAACUGCCUGGGCGUGAGGCAGUUUGCCGAGACCAUGAUGUGCGCGGUGCUCUACGCCGCCGCCAACAGCUUCAUCCAGCAGCACUUUGUGGAGGUGUCCAUGUCCGAGGAGUUCCUGGCGCUGCCCUUCGAGGACGUCCUGGAGCUCGUUUCUCGGGAUGAGCUCAACGUGAAGUCCGAGGAGCAGGUGUUUGAGGCCGCGCUCGCCUGGAUCCGCUACGACCGGGACCAGAGAGAGUCCUACUUGCCCGAGCUCCUGGCCAAAAUCCGCCUGCCCCUCUGCCGGCCCCAGUUUCUCACUGACCGCGUGCAACAGGACGACCUUGUCCGCUGCUGCCACAAAUGCAGGGAUCUUGUUGACGAGGCGAAAGAUUUCCACCUCAUGCCAGAGCGGCGGGGGCGCCCCGCCGAGACGCGGCCGCGGUGCUGCACGUCCAUCGCGGGGCUCAUCUACGCCGUGGGAGGCCUCAACUCGGCAGGCGACUCGCUGAACGUGGUGGAAGUGUUCGACCCCGUCGCCAACCGCUGGGAGCGGUGCCAGCCCAUGGCGACAGCGCGGAGCCGCGUCGGCGUGGCCGUGCUCAACGGGCUCCUCUACGCCAUCGGCGGCUACGACGGGCAGCUCCGCCUCAGCACCGUGGAGGUCUACGACCCCGAGAGCGACUCCUGGUCCCACGUGGAGAGCAUGAACAGCAAGCGGAGCGCCAUGGGCACCGUGGUGCUGGACGGGCAGAUCUACGUGUGCGGCGGCUACGACGGAAACUCGUCCCUCAACUCCGUGGAGGCCUAUUCCCCGGAGACCAACAAGUGGACGGCGGUGACGCCCAUGAGCUCCAACCGCAGCGCCGCCGGCGUCACCGUCUUCGAGGGCCGCAUCUACGUGUCCGGAGGGCACGACGGGCUGCAGAUCUUCAACAGC